UGUACUUUAUUGGUUUAAACUUCCAAAACGCCUCAACCUCGUAUAUAUCGCCUCCUCAACCGUUAUUCUGUUUCUUCUGCUAAUUUUUCUUCAAAUUUAUCGCCAUUUUCUCUACAAAAAAAACCUUCAAACUCUUCUAAAAAAUCCACCUCUCUCUCUACACGCAUUGUUCUGCAUACAUUCAUAGCAAAAUGGCUUCGUUCGCCGCUCCAUGUCCGAAGGCUUCGUCGCCGCUGGCAGCGCCAUCGCAGCAUAUUGCUUCGUUCCCGCGAUCGGAAUGCCGAAUGUUUCCGAUCGCGAAAAUCAAGGUUAAGGGGAUUAGCCGGAACCAUUCUGAUGCGUUUAAGGUGUUCGCCAUGAACGAGGUCUCCGUUGAAAUACCAUCACUUGUGGCAGAGAUCCCAAAUGCAGAAUCUGUUUCAGUUUUCAUGGAUCAAGUAUCCGAUCUCAUCAAACUUGUAGACUCAAGAGAUAUUGUGGAGUUGCAGCUUAAGCAAUUGGAUUGUGAGCUGGUUAUAAGGAAAAAGGAAGCACUGCCGCAACCUUCAACUACAGCUCCAGUAAUUUACGCCCCACAGACUACAUAUUCACCUCAACCUCCUACAACAAAUGUACCAGCUCCUACUUCAUCGAUACCUUCACCUUCGCCUCCAGCAUUACCGGCUCCAGCAAAGCCAAAGUCUUCGCAUCCCCCAUUCAAAUCUCCAAUGGCUGGGAACUUUUAUCGGUCCCCUGCCCCUGGUGCUCCUCCUUUUGUGAAGGUUGGAGAUAAGGUCCAGAAAGGACAAGUAAUAUGCAUUAUUGAAGCUAUGAAACUGAUGAAUGAUAUCGAGGCUGAUCAGUCCGGCACUGUGGUUGAGAUACUAGCGGAGGAUGGGAAACCUGUCAGUGUGGACACGCCUUUAUUCAUCAUCGAGCUGUGAAGAUCAUGAUGGAGGUCCGUCUUUUAAGUGAAAAGAGUGAUAUAUUUCUUGGUCUUGUCGAUAUAUUUACAUGAAAUCAUGAUUUGAUAGCUAAGUCAUCACUUAUAUUUUGGGAGGGGAAAAAUGUGCAUUCAUGUAGUCUCUACUAUGUAUUAAUAUCGGUUAAUCACAGUAAAUAAUGGAAUUGAAUGUUUAGAGUACUA